CUCCCGACUCCAGCGAACACGCGCCAAGGCUUCCUCCACAUCCAGAGCCAGAGCAAGAACCAGGAAGUGAAAGUACACACAUGGAGGGUGUGUCUUUCUCUUCCAGUGAAUGUUUUAUUUUUAAAAACGCAGUCCUCCUCGGAUAAAUAAUGGGGGACUCAGCGAGGACCAAACGGCGGGAGCAGCUGAAGCGCUGGGACGGCUCCUGCACCGACAGAGCUUCGGCCGUGGCCAGGCGGAGGUGGCGGGGCGAUGGCGAGAACGGAUCAGGGGAGUCGGAGGCCGAGCUCAGCGACCCGAUGAGGGACCAGCUAGUGUCUGUGGGCAGAGAUGAAACCAGCCCCCUCCUCAAACGACGGAAAAGGGUGAGGUUUGACAGGGCUGCAGAGUUCCUGGCUGCCUGUGCCAGCGGGGACACGGAGGAGGCCCAAAUGAUGCUGAUUGAUGCCAAAGAGACCAAAAGGUGGAACGAGGAGGAUGUGGCAGAAAUUAUCAACUGUUCCAAUGCAGAUGGAAUCACUGCCCUCCACCAGGCCUGCAUAGAUGGCAGUAUGGAGAUGGUGUCCUUCCUUUUGGAGCAUAGUGCAAAUGUGAACCAGGUUGACAGUGAGGGAUGGACGCCACUACAUGUUGCUGCCUCCUGCGGCUACCCUGACAUUGCAGAUUUCCUUUUGCAGCGGGGUGCAUCUCUCUCUGCUGUGAACUGUGAUGGUGACGUUCCUCUGGACAUUGCUCUGGAUGAGACCACUGAGUCCCUUCUCCAGGACCACACUCUGAGACAGGGUGUGGACUUGGAGGCAGCCAAGCGGCUGGAGGAAGAACAGGUCAUGACAGAUGCCCGGACCUGGCUGAGUGAGGGCCCACCCGCUGAUGUACGACACCCCAGGACUGGGGCCACCCCACUGCAUGUGGCCGCUGCCAAAGGCUACGUGGAGGCCCUCAAGAUAUUGUGUCAGUGUGGGAUGGAUGUGUCAGCUAUGGACUUCGAUGGCUGGACGCCUCUCCAUGCUGCAGCACACUGGGGUCAGGGGGAGGCCUGUCGCAUUCUCGCUGAACAGUUGUGCAAUAUGGAGGCGCGCAGCAAUGCGGGUCAGACACCGUUUGAUGUAGCUGAUGAAAGUGUUGAGGAGCUCCUGGAGGAGUUAUCACAGAAACAAGCCAACUGGCGUAAUGAACAGUCCAUAUUGGACAGGCAAAACCAACAAGGCUCCACAGCUGCUAACGCACAAAACAAACGGCGGAGGAGCUCAGUGUGCAGGAUGAGCAGUAAAGACAAGAUGAACGUGCAGGACCAGUCUAAAGAGAGGGGUGUUUCAGGAGGCCUGGAGCUGAGCGAGGAGAAAGAGAGCAGCCCCGAAAGCUCCACCGUGUCCAGUCCAGACACAGAGAGUGUGACCACAUCCACAGUUAGCCCUGUUGACAAGACACUAGAGGAGAAAGAUGAUGAGGAGAAGGAGCAGGACAGGGCAAACCGCACUGCCAGAGUCCAACCCACUCUUCAGACAAGGGAUGCCACAGCUGAGAGCCCCAACACCCCUAACGCUGACAGGCGCAAGUUCCAGGCUCCAGUCAGAGAUGAAGAGUCUGAGUCUCAGAGGAAAGCUCGCUCUCGGCUGAUGCGGCAGUCCCGCCGCUCCACACAGGGUGUGACUCUGACAGACUUGAAAGAAGCGGAGAAGACUGUGGCUAAAACUGCAGAUACACCGCCUCGCAACAUCCAGCCUGUCAGCCCCAUAGUUUCUGUCACGCCUGCAGAAAGGGAUACAGAUCCGGUGAAGCAGGAGGAGCCGGAGGGAGACAAGCGUCUGGGAGUGAAGGACAGGAGGAGAGGAAGGAGAGAGAGACGCUCAACUGGCAUCGUACAGCUAGGUGGAGAGAAUGAAGACGAGGAUGCUCAUUUGGAUGACACAAACAGUAACAGUACUUCCAGUGAGAGUCAGCUGGGAGAUUUGCCAGGUGACUACAGAACGCUGUACUUCAAGGUACUGCAGGAGAACCUGGCUCUGAAGGACAAGCUGCAGGAGAUGGAGCUGCUGCUCAGCCAAAACAAAGUGGAGCUGGAGCGACUCCGACAGGUUCGGCAGAGUCAAGAGAGCAGCACUGACAGACCGGCACUGCUGGAACUGGACAGAUUUGAGAAGCUGGCCCUCCAGAGGAAAGCAGUGGAACUGGAGGAUGAGCUGAAGGUUCUGGGGGACCUCAGAACAGACAACCAGAGGCUCAAGGAUGAGAAUGCCGCCCUCAUUCGAGUCAUCAGCAAACUCUCAAGAUGAGCCUUAAAAAAACCUACAUGGAGACAAAAAGUAUUACGUUCUUUUGCCCAACUCAGAUGACACAAACCAGGAAGGGAGACGGCAGCAUCAAAGGCCUGCACAGCACAUUCAACAGUAACUGGAACAGUGUACAGUUUUCAGGGUUAUCAGCCUGUGUUUGGGCCUUUAUGUUUUGGCAAAUCUACUGUAUAACAAGCUGAACUGCACCUCCUGUGGAGUGACGGGAAGUUCCUGUUCACGUCCACUUUUAUAUUAGGUUUUUAUUGUUGUAUUUUUUUAACUGGAAUAUUUUAAUGUGCUUUGCUUCUCUGAUACUUUGUAUAAAAUCUGUAUUGAGAGACUUAAAGCCAUGCACAGUAAUGUUUUAGAUGGCUUUCUUGACAUUUGAAGGGGUGGGGACAUAAAAAAAAAGGUCAGGUGUAGGGGGGUUACUAGAAAAAGACAAAAAAAACCCUUAAAUGUGCCAAAAACUAGCCCCAGUUUUGCAUGUCCUUUGGGGAAAACUCCAAGUGGUCAGUGUUCUCAGGAUGAGUUUUGGGUCGAUGCUUUCUGUUUGGGCUGACUGCUGUAAAGGUGGACCAAAUUUGCAUGCUCCUCUGAAUGUAUAUUUAAUAUGUAUAUUUAUGUACAGGGCCCAUCUGUCCUGACAGUGAUGUAAAGGCGUAGUCGUGGAGUCUCUGUUGUAAAAAGGACGGCUAGUUUUGGGUGCUGAUCGUGGACAUCGGGUGCAGCUCAUGUCGAGAGGGAUUUUUUACAGAAACUCUUUGUUACAAAUGACAGAUCUUUCAAGAGGUUUAGGUGAGCGCACGCUCUACCAUUAGUACUGUAAGUCAGUAGAAAUUUCACUUUGCCAUUUUGACUGGACACUUCUGAAAGCAACGACCCGUAAGCUACAGUAAGUAUUCACCCUGUGAUGGACGGCUGUUUUUAUUCAGGCCAGAUGGGUCAACUUUUGAAUGUUUACUCCAAUUUUAAAGAAAAAACUGCAUGUCAAAUUGUAUUUCGAUGCUGUGCCUUUCAAUAGACAUUUCUAAGUGAUAUUUCUAUUUUACUUUGGUAAACGUACACUGAUAAGUAAAAAAUACAGUAUGGGCAUAAACUA